GCUAAAACGCACGGAACGGUGCGGGACCGCGGCAGUGUGUUCUGUCCCUCGCACUGGAUAAUCCUCACCUGCUUUUUCCCCCGCAUUCUUUCCCCCGACCUCUUAUUUCGUCUUAUUUUAUGGACACAUUUGAGAAGACAUGAUCUAUGCGAGCCAUGGCAACCCGCCGGACUGAUUAAAGAAUUUAUAGGAAGGGUCGGGGCUUUGAAUUCGGAAACACCGGAUGCCUCCUUGCGCUGGUUGUCUUUAAGAUUGGACAGACAGGGAGACAGACGGACAGACAGGGAGACAGACAGGGAGACAGACAGACAGUGGGGAGAGAGAUGGCUCUGGCGCUCACCAUCCUGCCGUUUUUGUGCGCGCUGGCGGCGUGCGUACGCGCGGACGGCGGCACCGCGGGCGGCAAGGCGCGCAGCUGCGCGGAUGCGCGGCGCUUCUACAGCGGCAAGGGCUUCACUCUUAACGGCGUUCCGCAGUCCGAGAUCUCGGGUGAGCAUCUGCGAGUAUGUCCUCAAGGCUACACCUGUUGCACAAGCGCCAUGGAGGAGACAUUGUCCAACCUGAGCCGCAGAGAGUUCGAGGGCUUGGUGAGAGAAGCAGGACGCUCCAUUCAGGCUUCCCUGAACGCCCAAUACAGGAGCUUUGACACGUACUUUCUGGAACUCCUGGACAUGUCUGAGAGCUGGCUGGAGGAAUCAUUUGUGAAGGCCCUGGGACCUCUGUACACACCCAAUGCCGGAGUCUUCCGUGACCUCUACAGUGACCUGCGCCGAUAUUUCCGCGGCACGUCGCUGAAUCUGGAAGAGGCCCUGGACGAGUUCUGGAUGCGUCUCCUGGAGCGUCUGCUAAAAGCCUCUGACCCGUCUCUGGUUUCUGAUGAUUUUCUUGAGUGCGCAUCCAAACAAACAGAGACCCUGCGUCCAUUUGGGGACGCUCCACGAGAGCUCAGGGUUCGACUGGUGCGCGUUCUGGUCGCUGCUCGUGCCUUCGUGCAGGGACUCAACGUGGCUGGAGAGGUUGUGAGGAAGGUUUCUCAGGUACCUCUGAGCCCCGAGUGUAACCGUGCCAUCAUGAAGCUGGUGUACUGCCCGCACUGCCGUGGUCUCGGCUCCGCAAAACCAUGUGCCAACUACUGCAAGAACGUCAUGAAGGGCUGUUUAGCGAAUCAGGCCGACCUGGAUGCAGAGUGGCAGAAUCUCAUAGACACUAUGCUUCAGGUGGCUGCCAGCUUCAGCUCUGAGCCCGGCAUGGACGUGGUGCUGCACGCCAUCCCUGUACGCAUCUCUGAGGCUGUGCUGCACAUGCAGGAGAACAUGGAGGUCUACACACUCAAGGUUUUGCAGGCUUGUGGAGGGCGUGGAGAGGAAGGGACCCAAAGCUCAGUAGCUGAUGAGCCCAAAAAGGGGGUAAAGAGUGUAACAGCACUGGAAUAUAAGGCCAGUCACACAGCGGCUGUCAGACUGGAAGUGCAGGUCUCGGAUGUAUCUAGUAAACUGAAGGAAAUGCAGCUGUACUGGAUUCAGCUCCCCUCGGCUUUGUGUGACAGUAAAGUAGCAUCCGGUUCCUCCAGCGAUGACAACUGUUGGAACGGCAUGGCCAAGGAUCGGUACCUCCCUCAGCUCAUGGGAGAUGGUCUGGCCAAUCAGGUCAAUAAUCCUGAGGUGGAUAUUGACAUCACCAAGCCUGACAUGACGAUAAGACAGCAGAUCAUGCAGCUAAAGAUCAUUUCUAAUCGUCUGAAAAACGCCCUCGAUGGCAACGACGUGGAUUUUCAGGACACGAGUGAUGACAUCAGUGGUUCAGGCAGCGGCAUGUGCAGCGAGAACCUCUGUGUCCAAAGUAGUCCUCCAGUCUUUGGGCCUAAACUGGACAGACCCAAAGUCGACGCCUACAGCCCGGAGGAAAAGCAGGUGAAGGGUGGCGGGAGUCCGAUUGUACCAUUCACCUUCCUAAUCGCGGUGCUGAUUGUGAUCAAUCUGCUGUUCAGACGAUAAUACAGUCCUGCCAACAAACUGGACCUGGAGGAUUUUUGGGUGGGGUGGGGUGCGAUGGGGGUGGUGGUGGGUUGUGAUGGUUUGCCAAAUGAAAAAAAUCAUGUGGCAUGUGGCUGAUUGGACCUUCAUCUGAAUCUCUGAGAGACUGAGGAAACGAUGUCUUUUUUUGUAAUGUAUGUACGUUUUCAGCUGAUUUUGUCUUUCUCUGUACCUUUGAAUGUCCAAACAAAAGCAACAACAUCUUGAAGAAGAUGUUUUUUUUUGGUAAUGGUGCACACGACUCAAAACCCUCUUAAGCAAACUCUCCAAGCAGCGAGUCUGUGCUUCAUUUUCAUUUUACAAUGCUAAUUUAUAAAACUUCCUUUUUUCAGCACUUAAAAAGUAAAAACUAAAAAAAAAAAAAAUAAUAAAAAAAAAAAAAAAAGAAGAUCUACAUGUUUGGAUGCAUGGACAUGCAAAGAAAACCAACAUCUGUCCCAGAAUAUAAAAUGAUUAGGUGAGAGGGAAAAACAAUAAUCAACUAAAAUCGGUUGUUCUGCUUCAUCGGAUCAGACUGUCUUUGGAUCUUUCUGUAUUUUCAUUCUACUUUAAACUCCUGUUGCUGGUUGACGUGAAUUAAAAUCAAUAAAUAUCUGUCAACGUGGGUGUAAA